GAUGUUUUGCUUUGGUGGUUGAGGGCCAGCCAGUGCUGUGCAGCACAUUUUUGCUGAGUAGGGUGAGGCAGAAAAGCCAGGCAGCUGCCAGGAGAAAAAACUGGAGAAAGAAAGAAAGAAAGAAAGAAGAAAAUGGACGAAGGAGGAGCAAGUCUGUGGAAGGACAGAGAGGGAAUGAUCAUAUCCAUAUGGAGGAGGAGGCUGCUCCCUCAACUUCCUGAGACCAACCGAGGCAAACAGGGAAAGAGGGAAAUGGCAUGCUUAAAAUAAAUUAUAAAGAGAACACUGUAUACACAAACAGUGAUUUAAAGGUGAGUCAGAUAUGGUACAACACCUUGUUGUAUCUGUCUGUGUCCUUCAGAGCAUGUAAGAGCUAGCAUUUUGGGCUUUCAGAGAAUGAGACAGUGGGCUGGACUUGGUUUCACACACCAGCGAUCAAGUGAAGUCACUCAGAGGAAUUCUUUCUAAAGUGUUUUUUUCUCUCUCUCUCAACUCUCUUCCUUUUCUGCCAUCUGGAGCAGUGAACCAGUGAAGCACUUCCUACGUCUGCUCAGUGCUCGGUGGGGGCUGUUGGCUGCAAUCCUGCAUCUCUGUGGAAGCAAUUUUAGGGACCUGAAGACAUUGUUUUCAGCAUGCACGUCUCUGCACAUGAAGUCUAGACAUGUCUGCUGUAUUGACACUACUUCUUAAUGGACUCCCAGUUGCGUUUGACUGCACUUCAGUGGAGGUUGCAGACAUCAGCUGAACUUCUCGGAGGGGAUCCUCCCCUUGUUUUCCUUAUAAGGCUAAAAUGACUGAGUGGAAAAUCAUUUGAAUUUUGUGGUGGCUCUGCUCUGCUCUGCUCUGCUCUGCUCUGUUCUGACGCGCACUUGGAUAUCGAACCAGAUCUUUUUUUUUUUUUGCUUUUAGUUCCUCUUCUUGGAAAAAGUUUUUAAUACCGGUCAUUUGUAUAAGGGACAAUAGAUGCUUGUGUUAGUGUUUACAUGAGAGUUGACUGUUUUCCUGAACUCACGGCUUCAGCUGGACAACUUUGCUCUGGGAAUAACAUAACAGAGAAGGAACAUCUCUGUAGAUCAUCCUCCAUCUGAACAAGUGCCAAGUCUUCAUACUGAAGGAACCUGUCCUGGAGACACCCUCAGCACACUUCUGCGAAAGCAAACAUACUUUGUUAUGUCAAGACAGCAUUUGGCUUCGGUGAGGGUGGAUUAGUUUUGUUGGAAGUACUUUGAAGACAUUUAUGUCUUGCAGGGAUGAGAAAAUUGUAUGAUCUGAGGUCUUCUUGUGACCUUCUCCUCGAUCCUUUCUCUGCUUGCCUUGGAUCAUUUUUUUGGAUAGCUACCAUUGAUUUGUUUGUCCUGGCUGUUAAAAGGUGGAUAUAAGGACUCAGAAGUUAUUUGAUCGUGGCCUCGUUGGGCCAUAAUGACAGCACCAGCAUGGUACCACAGGGACAUUAGUCGGGUUCAGGCAGAGGAGUUGCUUGCUCGAGCUGGGAAGGAUGGCAGUUUCCUGGUGCGGGACAGCGAGUCUGUGCCUGGUGCUUAUGCGCUUUGUCUACUAUUCCAACGUCAUGUUCACACUUACCGCAUCCUUCCUGAUGCAGAUGGGUUGCUGGCUGUUCAGACCACACAAGGGGUGCAGGUGAACUGUUUCCGAACUCUUGGUGAUUUAGUUUUAGGAUACCAGCAACCUCAUAAGGGCCUGGUGAUCCCUUUGCUUUAUCCGGUUGUGAGAGAGACAGAACUAGUGGAUGAGAGCUCAGAUGGGGAUGAUGAGAAGCCAGGCUCAGUGUGGAACCCUGUGGCUUCCCCUCCUGCAGCUCAGGCGCCCCCUACAGCCCAGUCACCUCCUGCAACUCAAACACCAGCAUCUCAGCUACUGCUGCAAAGACUGCAGGGCAACACCACAAACAGUAGUGUGGCUUCUGAGAUGGUGGCUCUGGUUGGUGAAUACUUGCGUGGUGAUGUGAAUCUGGAUCUGGAGAGUUUGAAGAAAGGAGGAUCAGAACUACAAUUUCUCCAGCGACUCCUCUGCACCACUUGCCAGAAAUUGCACAGUGAGAUUGAUCAGACGAUGUCCAGUUUGGAGACCCUGGCUAAAGUCUUUGACCAUCCCAGUUGUCCCUUAACCUGUCCUAAAAUCCAGAAUAUGGGAACGUCUCCAGAGGAGAACCUCGAUACUCUGCUUUACAAAAUAACAACUCUAUGCAACCUGCUAUCUUCUCUGGAGACAAGGGUCCUCACAGCCCUCCAAGAGGCUGUGACAAAUCACAACCUAUCUGUGCAGCCAGCGUCUGUACCUGAGCCUGUAUCGUCUGUAAAAUCUCCUGCCAAGGUUGUACCUGUGCACAGCUUUCAGGUGAAGGUGGUCAGGUAUGGAAGGCAGAUGGUAUCAGUGGAUGUGGACAAUGGUGUGCUGCUCUUUGACAGGAAGACUGGCUCAUUUGGCAUAGAGACAAUCACACAUGACAGGAUUGUGCAGCUGGUAAAGUUUCAGAGCAGUCCAGCUAAGCUGAGGAUGGUAGUGGACAGUCAUCACAAGCCUGCAAGAGAGCUACUGUUUGAGAGCUUUAAGAAAAGAGAGGCUUUCUGCCAGCUUCUGCAGCUGAUGAAGAAAACAUACUCCCAACAGAAUGAGCCUGAUGCCAUCUCGGUGUUUGUGGGCACAUGGAACAUGGGUGGCUCUCACCCUCCCGCUACUCUACAGUCCUGGGCUACAUGCUGUGGUUUGGGACUGACUCCUGAUGACUCCACUGCUUGCCUGCCUCAUGAUAUCUAUGCAUUUGGCACUCAGGACAACCCUCAAGGAGAAAAGGAGUGGACUGAACAUAUCAGAGCUACGCUCAAAAAUGCCACCCAUAUCGACUUCAAACAGGUGGCAAUGCAGUCUCUGUGGAACAUCAGACUGGCUGUGUUUGUAAAACCAGAGCAUGAGGGACGUAUCAGCCAAGUAAACACAGCAAGUGUGAAGACAGGACUGGGCAAUACACUUGGAAACAAAGGGGCCGUAGGGAUCUCCUUCCUCUUUAAUGGGACACCCAUGGGCUUUGUGAACUGUCAUUUGACCUCUGGCAGUGAGAAAGCACUUCGGAGGAACCAGAAUUUUCAAGACAUCCUCAGACUGUUAUCGCUGGGGGAGCGGCAACUUUCUGCCUUUGAUGUCAGCUUGCGCUUUACUCAUCUCUUCUGGUGUGGUGACCUGAACUACCGCCUGGACCUUGAUGUUGAGGACAUUUUAAAGCAUGUGUCAAAGCGGGAGUUUGAUGAACUGAUGUAUGCAGACCAGCUGACCAGAGAGCGCCAUAAAAGAAAAGCUUUCUUUAACUUUAAGGAAGAAAAGAUCACGUUUCCACCCACCUACCGGUAUGAGCGGGGCUCCAGAGACUGCUACCUAUGGCAGAAAUACAAGACCAGUGGGGUGCGAGUGAAUGGGCCUUCAUGGUGUGAUCGUGUCCUAUGGAAAUCCUAUCCAGAGACUUACAACACCUGUACUUCAUAUGGUUGUACCGAUGACAUCUUUACCAGUGAUCACUCGCCUGUUUUUGCUACAUUUCAAGUCAGUGUGGCUACACAGUUCCCUAAACCAGACUCAUGUUCGGACCGGUCCUGGAUUGAACUAGGAACAGUUGAGGCUAUAGUGAAGACUGCCAGCAAGGCCAAGUUCUUCAUCGAGUUUCACUCCCGAUGUCUUGAAGAGACACGCCGUUCAGCAGAGAAUGACUCACAGAGCUGUGAAGUGCCGGGGUUCCUUAAAAUGAGCUGGUCUUCCAAACAGCUUCCCAAGCUUCAGCCUCUUGUCUCAGAUAUGGAGCAUAUUCGGGACCAACACUUGCUGCUCUCUGUGAAGUCAUGUGAUGGCUUCGAGUCAUAUGGUGAAUGCUGUGUGGCUCUGCAUUCUAUAGUGGCCAAUAACUCAGAGUCAUUUGAAACAUGCCUGACCCACAGGGGUGAAGAGAUGGGUUCCAUCCGAGGCCAAAUCAAGGUCUAUAUACCACUGAACAAGAUCCGGUCACGGGAGAGGAGCUAUGAAUGGAUCUGUAUUGAGAAAGAUGAGAAGGGAUUAGUUAGGAACCCCUGGUCUCCCCCACCCAUCCGGGCAUCCCAUAAUCCUGUAUCAUCAUCCUCCCAGCCAGUAGCUCCUUGUAGCUACACAAACCCAGCCUACUUCAUUUUUGAGGGCAUUCCUGUGUUGCGCCAGGUAGAGGAAGACCCCUCACCCAAAGAACCCAAUGUAGUGUGGGCCAAGGACUCCGUGAUUCAACUUCCUAAAGUAACAGGGGGGCAAAGCCAUGAGUGCAGAGCUGCCCGCAGGUCUGACUUCACAGAAAUUGAAAUCCCUGGCUCCUUGCCACCUUACACACCUCCUUGUGAGCGCCCAACUCAUGUUACCCCGCAUCCAGUUUCCUCAUACCAACUUUUCCCUGGACCAGACGUAUCAAAUCCUUCCCAAAACCAGAAAAACAAGACCUCAAGUGCUUCAUUUCAGUCACAAAUUCAAAGGCCUAACAUAACUCAGGAAUCAAUAUUACCUACCAAAAAAGUAGGGAAUACCAGUAUGAACAGUUCAGUCUUCACACAGGAUGUGCAUGGGACAGUUAAGAAGGACUAUUCCAGGUUUCACCAGGAGCGGCCAAUACCAGUGCGUAAUGGACCAAAGCUAUACCCUUACAUGUCCACCAGAGUUCCCCUCUCCAAAGCAUCAGCUCCCUGGAUGGUGGAUCAGACACCUGCAGCUUCAGGAGAUAACUCACUCACUGCUCUACAGAUUGCCAAAUCUUUGAGUGAGGUGGACUUCCUGCCAGCAUGCAAGAAGUACCCCUCAAACCAAAGGUCUGCUCUACCAAGGCAUCAUGGGUAUGACUAUACCUUAAAUCCUGAGCCUGUUUAUGGUUGGGAAAAAGAGGUGUCGGUCCUGCAUGGAGCUCCAGAGACAGUACGGGAGCUGCUCAGUAGUCUGGGGCUGCAGCGCUAUACAUUGGGACUCAGUCUCAAUGGCUGGAAUGACCUGGAUUACUUCAGUGGAAUUACUGAAGAGGAUCUGCGGGCGUCUGGCGUAACAAACCCAUCUCAUCGUAGGAGAAUCCUGGAGAAUUUGCCCAAGAUUUGGGACUGAAUACUUGGACAUGGAUAACUGUGUGUUUUACAAAACAAAGCAAAAAAAAAAAAAAAAAAAAACAAGGAAUGCGUGCAACCCUUAACUUGUGUCUUUGCCUUAAACUCCAUUUAGUAAUGAUGUACAUUUGCUGUUUGUAUAAGAGUUCACUGACGUUUCAGCCACCACCCAAGUCUUACAUUGCGUACUCUGCCAUUCCAGCUCUCUUAUUUACCUUGUGUAAAGCAGUUACAUAAAUUAUAUCUGUUUGCAGAGAGACCUCAUCAAGAGGAGUUGAUCAUUUGAUCACGAUUCAGUGUUUGUGUCAAUAAAAGAGUGUGAAUGUGGUCCAACCUGUGACCCUGGUACUGCUAACCUUAACACGGCAGCUAGAUAGACUGUAAUUGCUAAUUAAACACAGUUAUACCCUGUGAAAAUAAGCUUGCACCCAAGCUAUUAAAAUAUUAUUGCACUCCCUGUAAGUAAGCAUUGUACAUUCCAAAAAGUAAAGGGUGUAUCUGAAAUUUGACGUGUCAGAAGAUUUUCAACCCAGAUUGUAAUGCGUCACCCUGUUUGCUUUGACUUCAUAUAAAACUAUAAAACUAUGCAGACAUGCAAACUGCAUUGUUCUCAUUUUUUAUGACAUGGUAUUUUUUUCUGGAUCAUAAGGAAUGAUGGUUCUCCUCCCUGAUCUGUCAAAACCUCCCAACCCCACUUGUCCAGCUUGUUUACUCGUUUCAAUUAAGUAGUAUUUUAUAAUAUUAAGUAAUAUGUGAUUUUUAUCAUCCGCCUACACAUUUUAAGACAAUGUUUAAAUUUGCUAAACUAGUGAUUUAUCUACUCGGGGAACUUAACCGCUUAAGCUACCUAAACAUUUUAUUACUCUUCUUCACAAAUAAGACCUGGCAAAUCUUCUUUGUUUCCUUUCUUCUUAAUUUUUAAACUUACAUUUAUUUUUCAAUUACACUGUCCACAAUGUUACACAAUGUAGGGCUUAGCAAAAAUACAAAAUCUAAACUCAUUUUGCACUCUCUGAGGUCUGUAUUGUGGGUGGGGGGUGGGGUACGGAGACAGCAGGAAAAGGAGAGCAGCAGGGAGGGUAAUCACUUUUACACACUAUUACAUGUUCCACCAUUUCCUUAUGUGCUGUUUUUGUUAUUCAGAUGCUCGUAAACAGUGCUGUUUUUUGUAAUAAUGCUUCUCUUUCUCCUUCUCCUUCAAAAUACCCUUUGCUAUCACACUAUUAAAUAUGACUCAAUUUGUGGCUUGAACCGCAGAACAGAACAACUUCUCAUUCUACGUUCUGGCUCUUAUGAAAGCAUGUAGUUGGGCUGCAUGUGAUUUUGCAGCUCUAGUAGCUCUCUCUGAGGGCCAGUCUGAUCUAAAAUGCUAGUCCUCUUGACUAAAGUGAACACUGUUUUAGCACUGAAUAGACACUAUUCCCCAUAGAUAGAGUGGACCAUCUAGGCCUGAUGAGAUAAGUGAGUAUUUGUCCUUCUCACUUUCCCACUCAGCUCCCUGGCAUUCACAGCACUGAUACACAGUUUCACCUUCCCGUCAGCUAUGAGGCAAGGAAGACUCAGUUCCUUAAAGACAGAAGUAAUCCCCACAGCCUCAUGGACUGAGUCAUUCUUGGUUAUAUAAAAACAAACUCUUAAAGUAACAAUAUACAGUAGAUCCUUUAAAACAAAUAAAUGAUAGCAUACUGCAGAACCACAACAUGAAAAGGGAUCAAAUUAAAAAAGAAAUUCAAUAACAAGUAGCGUUGUGGUGGUGUGAAUAGGUUUUAAAUUGUAUUACUGUCUAAAGGGUUACACAAAUUGAUGUAUAAAGAAUUCAUUUGUAAACCUUCUGACUGGUGGCUAGGUUUUGCAUUGUUCCUUUCACUUUCUUUUGUCUACAUUUCGUCAAUUUCUUAAGACUGGAUGUUCUUGCAACAUUUCUUCGAUGUGCUUUCCCCUUACUGUAAUGCUUUUCAUAUUAUAUACAGUACAUGUAGGCCUAAGUAUUUAAAAAAGAAUUAACAGCUAAACACUGUGAUUAAAUUUGCAUCAA